AUGAGGUCUUACAUUUCUAAAACCAUGACCUGUUUUCAGGAAUUAGUGACAUUCAGGGAUGUGGCCAUAGACUUCUCUCGGCAGGAAUGGGAAUACCUGGACUCUGUUCAGAGGGACUUAUACAGGGAUGUGAUGUUGGAGAACUAUAGAAACUUGGUCUCACUGGCAGGACAGUCCAUUUCUAAGCCAGAUGUGGUUGACUUAUUGGAGCAAGGAAAAGAGCCCUGGAUGAUUGUGAGGGAAGAAACACAAAGACAGUACACAGAUUUGGAUUUACAUUGUGAGGUAAUCAGCUAUGUAGAAAUGCCCACUUAUGAAAAAGAUGUAUCUUCUACACAACAUCAGAGCAUAUAUAACAGAGAGAAACUCUAUGAGUGUAAGAAAUGUCAGAAGAAAUUUAGUAGUGGCUAUCAGUUUAUUCUACAUCACAGGUUUCAUAUUGGCGAAAGACUCUAUGAAUGCAAAGAAUGUGGGAAGAACUUUCAUAGUGGCUAUCAACUUACCCUACAUCAAAGAUUUCAUACUGGCGAGAAACCCUAUCAAUGUUCAGAAUGCAGGAAGAACUUUAAAAGCGGUUAUCAACUUACUGUACAUCAGAGAUUUCAUACUGGUGAGAAAACCUAUCAGUGUAGGGAAUGUGGGAAGGCCUUUAUUUAUGCCUCACACAUCAUUCAGCAUGAGAGAAUCCACACUGGCGGGAGGCCUUAUGAAUGUCAGGAAUGUGGGAAGGCCUUUAGUCAAGGUGGACACCUUAGAAUUCAUCAAAGAAUUCAUACUGGUGAGAAGCCCUAUAAAUGUCAGGAGUGUGGGAAGGCUUUUAGUAGGCGCUCAAACCUUGUUGAACAUGGGCAAAUCCAUACUGAUGAGAAACCUUAUGUAUGUGAGAAAUGUGGAAAGGCCUUUAAAAGAGGUCAUCAACUUACUGUACACCAGAGUGUUCAUACUGGUAAAAAACCAUAUGAAUGUAAAGAAUGUGGAAAGGGCUAUACCACUGCCUCAUACCUUAUUCUACAUCAGAGAAUUCGUAAAGGUGGGAAACCAUAUGAAUGUAAGGAAUGUAAGAAAACCUUUACCUUGUAUAGAAAUCUUACUCGACAUCAGUGUAUUCACACUGGCGAGAAACUUUUUGAAUGUAGGCAGUGUGGGAAGGCCUAUACUACUGGCUCAAAACUUUUUCAACAUCAGAAAACUCACACAGGUGAGAAGCCUUAUGAAUGUAAGGAAUGUGGAAAAGCCUUUAGUUUAUAUGGAUACCUUCAUCAACAUGAGAAAAUUCAUACUGGUGUGGAACACUUUGAAUGUAAGGAAUGUAAAAAAGCCUUUACUUUGUAUAGAAAUCUUAUUCGACAUCAGAGUAUUCAUACUGGUAAGAAACUUUUUGAAUGUCAAGAAUGUGGGAAGGCCUAUAGUACUGGCUCAAACCUUGUUCAACAUCAGAAAACUCAUACUGGUGAGAAACCCUAUGAAUGUAAAGAGUGUGGAAAGACCUUUAGUUUGCAUGGGUAUCUUAAUCAACAUCAAAAAAUUCAUACUGGUGUGAAACCCUAUGAGUGUAAAAUAUGUAGGAAAACCUUUACUUUCUAUAGAAAUCUAACUCUACACCAGAGUAUUCAUACUGAUGAGAAACCUUUUAGCUGUAAGGAAUGUGGGAAAACCUUUAGACGUAGUUCACACCUUACUGCACAUCAGAGUAUCCAUGCUGAUAAGAAACCCUAUGAAUGUACGGAAUGUGGGAAAUCCUUUAAAAUGUAUGUAUACCUUACACAACAUCAGAAAAUUCAUACUGGUGGGAAACCCUAUGAUUGUAAGGAAUGCGGGAAGACCUUUAGUCGUGCUUCAAACCUUGCUCAACAUGGGAGAAUUCAUACUGGUGAAAAACCCUACGUGUGUAAGAAGUGUGGAAAAGCCUUCAGAUAUGGUUCAGCCCUUAAAGCACAUCAGGGAAUGCAUACAGAUAAUGAAACUCUAAGAACAUAA